UGAGUCACAAAAGAGCUGAUGGACCAGCCAAGGAAUCUAAACGGAAAAUUCCUGUUUUAUUCAGCAUCUACUAGUCCACAAAUCAUGAGGGAUUCAGAAAGGUAGGAGGGAACAUUGCUUGAGGCCUAGGAUGCAAGGGGAAUGAGGAAAGGCAAUUUGGAAAGUGUAUACAAAUUAUGCAUUCAUUUAUUGUAGAACUUAUUUCUUGCUUUUCUUUUAAUUUGUCUGCCUCUCAAGUGUUUAGACAGAAGUCAUGUGAGCUUCUGAGCUGCAAGCAUGGAGACAGAGUAGAAAUGUGUGCAUUAGUGCAGAGUGCUGCUGGAGCCCUAGCAGAGUAAGAGAGAGGCAGAGAGAGAGAGUGUGAGAGUGAAAAGGGGUAGUGGUGGGAGCUGGAACAGCAGCAACUGCUGCUACCACAUCGCAGCUUGUGCCUGGGAAUCAGCUCCAUUGCCAGCACGUUCCUCCGUCUCCAGAGGUGCAGAUGCCGCCGGUUCAAAAGUCCUAGAAGAUCCCUGGCACUGCCAGGAGCUAAGCAGGUGCUUUUUCUGCUGCAAAGAACAUCUGUCUGGGGACUUUGCUCCUUUGCUGGACUGAAAGAGUGUACUUGCCUUCUGCUGUCUGCACUCUUGUCCCAGCCUCUCUCCUGCCCGUGGGGCCGUGGCCGUAUGGAUGCCCCCGUGCAGAUUUUCCGGGAGGAGCCAGGCUCCACCUGCUCCCCCGGGUCCUGUCGCUCCCCCAGCACCAGCAGCAGCUGGCUCCUGGGCUGGGAGGACUAUGAGAGCAACGCCACCGGGGCCUUUGGGGACGCCCAGCACAACCACACCAGCAUCUCCCCCGCCAUCCCCAUUAUCAUCACUGCUGUCUACUCAGUAGUCUUCGUUGUUGGCUUGGUGGGAAACUCUCUGGUCAUGUUUGUUAUCAUAAGAUAUACAAAGAUGAAGACAGCUACCAACAUCUACAUUUUCAAUCUGGCGUUGGCAGAUGCACUAGUUACCACUACUAUGCCUUUCCAGAGCACUGAGUACCUGAUGAACUCUUGGCCAUUUGGGGAUGUGCUCUGUAAAAUAGUUAUUUCGAUUGACUAUUAUAACAUGUUUACCAGCAUAUUCACACUGACUAUGAUGAGUGUUGAUCGAUACAUUGCCGUGUGUCAUCCUGUGAAGGCUCUGGACUUCCGUACUCCUCUCAAGGCAAAGAUAAUCAAUAUUUGUAUCUGGCUGUUGUCCUCAUCUGUUGGCAUAUCUGCCAUAGUUCUUGGAGGAACCAAAUUCAGGGAAGAUACUGCUAGCACUGAGUGUUCCUUGCAAUUUCCAGACAGAGAUUACAUGUGGUGGGACAUCUUCAUGAAAAUCUGUGUUUUUGUCUUUGCAUUUGUUAUUCCAGUUCUCAUUAUAAUUGUUUGCUAUACGCUGAUGAUCCUGCGUCUUCAAAGCGUACGGCUUCUCUCGGGGUCUCGAGAAAAAGAUCGAAACCUGCGCCGCAUUACCAGAUUGGUUCUUGUGGUUGUGGCAGUAUUUAUUAUCUGUUGGACUCCUAUUCACAUUUUUGUGCUGGUCGAAGCAUUAGGGGAUGUGUCCCAUAGUACUGCAGCUAUAUCCAGCUACUAUUUCUGUAUUGCUUUGGGUUACACCAACAGCAGCCUCAAUCCAAUCCUGUAUGCUUUUCUGGAUGAAAACUUCAAGAGAUGUUUCAAGGAUUUCUGUUUUCCAUUUAAGAUGAGGAUGGACAGGCAGAGCACCAGCAGAGUCAGAAACACUGUGCAAGAUCCGGCCUAUAUGAGGGAAACAGAUGGGACAAACAAACCUGUAUGACUAGUCGUGGAAAUGUCAUCUUACUGCCCUCAAGAGAGAGAAGAAUCCAAUGACCUUGGACUGACUCAGAUUACUACUGCGCUUUGAACUAGACUCACCCAGAGAGACAUUUUUGGAAUAUUUAAGAAAUCCUGGUCAUUUGAGCUAAAACAAGUUAAUUGUUGACAAAUAAGAAACUCCUGAAAAUAAGCUCAAAUGAAAAGAACCUGACUGGUGGCCAGGUUUUGGGGCCACAUUUACUGUAGAGCACCUCUGGGGAGAGAGGAGGUACUGAUUGUCGUACCAGGUGACUCUGGAUCAGGAAAGCUCUGGCUUUUCUCUUCACUGUGUGUAAGUGAAGUGAAUAAUUAAGCAACAUUUGGCCAUAACACUGAGUUAUGCUAGAAAUACUGUUUUGACCUGCCAGUGAUUGCUUUUGAAUGGUCUGACGACUUGAUUUGUUGUACUCUUUUACUGUGAAGAGUAUUUAGGUUUCUGCAGAACAUUGCCAGAGCUAUAAUCAAUAUUCUCAACUAAUAUAUCCAUAAUAUUUGUCUGUGCUGUGGAAAUACAAGUUAAACGUGAUCUGCCUACGUACCAAAGUGAUUUUAUUGUGUCUGUAUAUGGUAAAGCAUUUCAGCGUUUUAAAAAAUGUGUUGGGAUUUAAGGCAAAUUGUUAGUAUAUUUUUAGCACAUGCUUGGUCACCUAUGUGCUAUGUUUUUUAUGUGUAAUUUUCCAAGAUGAUUGCAUAUUUAUUGAUUGUGAAUAAUAUAAUACGCAUAUCAGUAAUGUGUUUUCAACAAGAGACAGGAAAAUUUCAAAUUCUUCAUUUGUUACAAAACCGUUAAAAAAUUGUUCCCCACUCAUUAUACUGGAACAUAAAUAUUUGCAUUCCAUUUUCACUGAAGGAUAUGCUUAAAAAUAGUGCUGUACUUGUUUUGCCAGACAAUUUGUAAGUAGACCAAAAUAAAUAUUUGAAGAGUUGUUAUUAGAAACUUGUAUACUGAUUAAGCAGACUGAUACAGAGGAAAUUAAUAUCAAAUAUAUUGGAUGCUCUAAAGGCACUUGAAAGUGAAAGUUCUCAUUUUAUUGGUGAUAAUAACUUUUUCUUUGAAACGAUCCUAUGAAAUUAGUCAAUUUAUCUGUUUUCCUGUGAAGAUGGAGAAGCCAAGGCACAGAGAAGUUGCUGGCUUGCUGAAGGUAAGUUUAUGGCAAAACUGAGUCUAACCUGCCACCUUCAGUCCAUAGUCUUUAGUCUUCCUAACUGUUAAAUACUAUUAUCCCUAUUUCUCCUCUCCCUGAAGUUCGGGGAAAUAUUAUCAUUAUCUUCACCGAGAACAGGUUUAGCCACCAGAAAUCUUGAUAACUUAUUUGUUUAUACAAAAUCGUCAAUAAGGUGGAUGCCUUUCCUGCAUAGUAAAUUUACUGAGAAACACAGUCUGGCUUGGUUCUAGCGGACCAUGAAGCCAACCAAACAAAAAUUAUUUGUGCACACCAAUACAACUCAUGAGAUUUACCAUUGUAGCUUGCAGUACAGGUCUUGUGGAAAUGCAGUAGAGAGGCAGCCAUCCUGCAUAUGUUGACAUUCUUUAUUUUCAAAUACAAUCACGUAUGUCUAAUAAUCUUUGCACUGAGUAAACAAAUGCAGCUACAUUCAUCUUGCAGUACCAAAGUAAUCCUGAACAGUCAGUGGUCUGUAUAGCCAUCCAAUGGAGCGGCCAUGUAGAGCAGAUCUUGUGAAAUUCAGGCCAUGAAGCUUUGUACUUCAGAACUAACUGCUCUAAUGUAAUUUGCUUUGUUUCGCUUUGUUAGUUAAAAUAUUGAGGAUAAUCUUUACUGGCUAAAACUAGUACUUUCUGAUUGUUUCUAAGUGGUAAGUGAAUAGCUGACCUCAGAAUACCAGAUUUGCCUGAGGAAAUGAAUGUUCACAGAACUGUUUGUAUGAUUCUAACUUCCUCUGUCUGGUCUGUCUAUCUCUCUUUCUCUCUCUCCUUUUUUUUUUUUUUUUGAAAGCCUCUCUGUAACAUGUAUACACAUUUCUAAAUGAUGUUCUGAAGUUUAAGUAUUCACAAGAGAAUGUUUAAGGUAAAAACUAAGAAUUAGUAAAUGAACUGUGAUAGAAAUAGGCUCUAAUGAAUUAUUUUCAUUCGGAAAACCACUUAAUUCUUGUCAAUGUUUUACUGACGUGUUGUGUAUGUUCAUCUGUUUUGGAAGAGUUAUUAUUCCAUACAUUACGUGCAGUGCUGAAUGAAAAAUCAAUGUUAUUCUUAAGUUGUUAAAAGGAGAAAUCUAAUCAUCAAAUUUUUGUGAUGCCUUUUUUGGGUAAUGAGAUCAUCUUCCCUAUCAUAUUUGGGGGAAAGUAUGAGAUCCUGGCAAAUUUUCUGGGUUUGAAAACAUUAGACUUGAAGAGUGAUACAAAAAAUAUAUAUUAAAGAUUGAUUUCUUUCCAUUGAACAUUAACAGACAAAUUUGUUUGGGUAAAGCAGAAGGAAAUCUUGGAAGUUUUCUUGUAAAAUUAGAAGGCGUACUAUGUUUCACUGAACAGCAAAGGAAGGUCGGAGUUGUUCACAGAAUCUGCUUCCAGAUGCUUAGUUUCCCAUUCUUCUUCCACUAGUUCCCAUAAUAGAAUGAUUAAUAGACAAGACCAGUUAUUUUUGCAAGGACAUGCUCAAUGACUUUGGAAACCUGUAUUUAAUCCUUGUAAAGUACCUUACUUUCUGUGUAACUCCAGACAAAUGAUUUGCCUUCACUCUGUUUAGCCACCAGCUGAAGAAUUUUAGCAUUAGCUUCUUGACAUGUUCAGUUCCCUACUUGUAAAACAGGGAUGAUGGUGUGGUACAAGGAAGUUUUAGGGCAGCAGAACCUGUGGUCAUAGCUGAUGAGUCAAACACCUUUGUAUACCUUCAGAGGGUUUCAGGAAACUU